AUGUUUGGCCGUUCGAUUUCUGCAUAUAUCUGUUAUGCCGCCCUCGUACGUCUGGGUCAUGUCUCUGCUGUCGCAGUCCCUCGACAAGACCAAGACGCAGAUGCGGCCAGUGUCAUAAGCAAGGCACAGAACAUCGUGAACCCAUUGUCGCCCAAUCAGUCUGGCACGCCGCCUGAUCUUACUGUCCUUGGAAAUUAUUAUAUUACCCAGAAAUCACCUACACCACUCCUACGUGCCACCGGUAUCCUGACCAAGGCCUUGACGUUUCUCUAUGGACCAUCAAUCGCAGGCGGGCCAGCAUAUCCCACUGGUAUCCUCGGAUUGGUGAAAGUGACCGCCGAUCUAUUGGCAAUUCAGCUUGAUCUGACGCCGGAGACUGCGCAAGCACUAGUCGACAAUACCGAUGCAAUCUUGGGGAUAGCCAAAUACGACGGCUUGCAGACGGUUGAAGACUACACUAAGCUCUACGACGGCGAAUGGAUGAAUACGCUACCAAAGGGUCCUGAUCUCGGUGUGCUUACCAACUACACGGACGAUCUUUUGUUCUCGAUGGAAAGGCUGUCCAACAGUCCAUAUCAAGUCCGCCGCCUCAAUCCAAACAGUGACUCGCUCAACUUCCAAAUCGACGACACAAUCGCCAAGAAUAUCACAGGUAGCACACUCCAACAACUCUUCUCGGCCGGUCGCCUCUUCUACUCCGACUAUCGCGAUCAAGGCAGUCUCACUCCAAACUUACUCCGUUACUCCGCCGCUUGCGAUGCUUACUUCUACGUCGACAUAAACGGCGACAAGUUCCUGCCUCUCGCAAUCCGUACGAAUGUCGGGUCGAACCUCAUCUACACCCCAGCGGAUACAGCGAACGAUUGGCUUCUAGCCAAGAUGAUGUACAAUGUCAACGACUUCUGGUUCGCGCAAUGGAAUCACCUGGCCAGUACGCACGAAGUAGUGCAGAUCGUGUACUCGGCCGCCAUUCGGACGAUCAGUGAAGAACAUCCGGUGCAAGCGCUGCUGAACAGGCUCAUGUCCGAGGUCUUCGCUAUCCAGCCGCUGGCUCAAACUGUGCUCUUCGACCCAGGCGCGGCGGUGGAUCUCGUGUUCUCCUAUAGCGGAACUUCAGCCCAAGCGUACACGGACAAGAAGUACAAGAAUGAUGGAAGUGGUCGGUUUCAGGCCAACUACUUCAAGACUGAGCUACAGAAUCGUGGAUUGCUUAAUCCGGCUACGGGGCCGACGCUGAAGCAUUUUCCAUUCUACGAGGAUGCCUCGACUAUUCAUGAUGCUAUUUCGACGUUCAUGACGGCUUUCGUUGGAUCCUAUUACUCCUCCGAUUCCGUUGUGGCGAUUGAUGGUGAGCUGCAGGCUUGGGCCAAGGAGUGCAAUGGCGUGUUGGCUGCUUGUAAGGACUUUCCUGCCGCUAUCUCAAGCAAGGCCGCGCUGGUGGACAUCUUGACGCAUAUUGCCCAUCUAGCAUCGACAUCCCACCACACGAUCAAUACUAACGAACUCUUGAGCAUUUCGUCUACUCUACCUUUCCAUCCCCCUGCUUUAUACAAGCCUCUGCCAAGUGCAAAGGGCGUAAACAAUGUGGCCGAGUACCUACCACCCUUUACUCAGGUCCUGACCCAAUUCACUAUUGGCGCCCUCUUCGCUCGCCCGGACUUCGUCGGCACCAAUCGCUCGCUGAUCCACAUGUUUGAUGUUCAGACGUUUCUAAGCAAGACGAACGAUCAGACAAGAGCGGCGAAUGGAGUUUUCAUGAGUGCUAUGAAGAGUUUCAGUUCGCAGGUCAGUUCGAGGAGGUUCGAUGGGGAGGGGUUGAGUCAGGGCAUGCCGUUUGUGUGGCAGGCGCUUAAUCCUAAUGUUAUGCCUUUCUCUAUUACUACCUAG